UGUAGUUUUAUUUAGGGAGUCAGUGAGUGAAUAUCACAGAGGGCGGCUGAUUGGCGGUGAUUUUGUGACAUAUGUUCAGUAACAAUCAGUUCAGUUUCACACGUACACGUCCGAAAUCUAGUCAAUAUGUCGCGAUUUUUCACGUAUAUCGCAUCCGCGGUGCUGUGUUUUACCUUAGUUAAUACUAACAAUGCUCUUAAAUUUUAUCAGGAAAAGAACUUUCAUGAAGCUCAAGAAUUAACAGACCAGGACAUUAAAAGCAUAGCGGCCAUGUCUGACAUGACACAUUUUAGAACAGUCCUUGACAAGAUCAUGAUCCCUAGAGUAGUCGCGACACCGAACCACGCCAAAGUGAACAAGUUCAUCAAGAAAGAGAUGACUGCUCUAGGUUGGAAUGUGACAGAAGAUGCAUUUGAUGAUAAUACACCGGUUUUCGGCACAUUACGAUUUAAGAACAUAAUUGCCACAUUGAAUCCGAAUGCAGACAGGUAUUUGGUGCUAGCAUGCCAUUAUGACAGUAAAUAUACGAGGGAACAUGUGUUUAUUGGUGCCACAGAUUCCGCAGUACCAUGUGCCAUGAUGAUAAAUCUAGCCAAAGUGAUGGGCCCGAAGCUAGAUAAGUUAAAGCAGGCCAACCUGAGUCUCAUGUUCAUAUUCUUUGAUGGAGAAGAGGCAUUCCGGCAAUGGGGACCCACAGACUCUAUUUAUGGCGCUCGGCAUUUGGCCGAGCAGUGGCACGGAAUGUCUUAUAAGGAUGGUGCUAAUCAUUUGCAGCGCAUGGACGUCCUAGUGCUCCUAGAUCUCCUAGGCGCCCCAGACCCAGUGUUCUACAGCUACUUCCAGUCUACAGAGAAGUGGUACGUGCGGCUGGCGAGCGCCGAGCAGCGGCUGGCUGAGCUGGACCAGCUCGGGGGCUACACUAAGGGCAGGGCGGAGCAGACCUACUUCAGGCUGUCGAGCUCCAGGUCUUUUGUGGAAGAUGAUCAUAUACCGUUCUUGAGGAGAAACGUGGACUGCCUUCACAUAAUCCCGUCGCCGUUCCCCGACGUGUGGCACACGGCCGGGGACGACGCCUCCGCGCUGGACUUCAACACCAUCGAGAACCUCAACAAGAUCAUGCGAGUGUUUGUGGCAGAGUACCUGCACACGCAGGCCUAGCGGUACAACCGAUGGCGGCUUUGGAGGGUUAUAGUUACUUAAACCGUUAUGAUAUUUAUGAUCUUUCCUUUGACGGCGUUCGAAGUUAUUGUCCUUUAGAAAGGACAUCAUUUUUGAACCAAGCAAAAAUAUUUAAAAAAAU